CUCUUCUCAAACCAGAAAAGAAACAGCUAAAAUCACGAAAACUAAGAAACAACGAUACAAUACAAAAACCCAACUAAAACCCAAAUCCCUUACCAUCUCUCGUAUAAAUGGAAAGAAAACGAAAACCGUAGCGAAUUUCUCCGCUGCUAUUCGGAUUCUUUCCUUCUUAAACGUGCCAAACCCAUCCCUUUUUUUCUACCUCCACAUGCAGCAGCCGCAGAUUCCUCUGGCUUCCUAACUCUUCUUCUCUUAAUCUUCAGAAUCUCUCCUUAUCCAUACCGGAUCGGAUCGUAUCGGAUCGUAUCGUUUGGGGAGAUGAAGAAUGAGGAGCAGCAAGUUCGGUCUCUGUUCGGGAUUUCUCUCUCGGACAGGCCCAAAUGGCAGCAAUUCCUCAUCUGCUCUGCUGGAUUCUUCUUCGGUUAUCUUGUCAAUGGCAUUUGCGAGGAAUAUGUAUAUAAUCGUCUGCAAUUCAGCUACGGUUGGUACUUCACAUUUGUGCAGGGUUUUGUGUAUUUGGCUCUCAUAUAUUUCCAAGGCUUCACAACAAAGCAGAUGGUGAAUCCGUGGAAGACGUACGUGAAGCUCUCUGCCGUCCUGAUGGGUUCUCAUGGACUGACGAAAGGGUCUUUGGCUUUCCUUAACUACCCUGCACAGCUCAUGUUUAAAUCCACAAAGGUGCUGCCGGUUAUGAUAAUGGGAGCCUUCAUUCCCGGUCUCAGACGUAAAUAUCCACUCCAUGAAUACAUUUCCGCCAUUCUUCUAGUGGUGGGUCUGAUCCUUUUCACCUUAGCAGACGCCCAUACAUCUCCGAAUUUCAGUCUUCUUGGAGUUGUGAUGGUAUCAGGUGCUUUGGUCAUGGAUUCUUUUCUGGGUAAUUUUCAGGAAGCCAUAUUUACAAUGAAUCCUGAAACCACACAGAUGGAGAUGCUCUUUUGCUCGACUGUGGUUGGGCUUCCUUUCUUGAUUCCACCCAUGCUUUUAACGGGAGAGCUGUUCACGGCCUGGAAUUCCUGCUCUCAGCAUCUUUACGUUUACGGAGUCCUGGUUUUCGAAGCUAUGGCCACCUUCGUAGGGCAGGUCUCGGUACUCUCCCUCAUCGCGCUCUUUGGGGCGGCUACGACGGCCAUGGUGACAACAGCGAGAAAGGCGGUGACGCUGCUGCUUUCGUACAUGAUAUUCACGAAGCCACUGACGGAGCAGCAUGGAACAGGUCUCAUCCUCAUAGCCAUGGGCAUUGUCUUGAAGCUCUUGCCUGAUUAUAAAACAGGAGCCCCCUCCAGGCUUCCUCACCCCACCCUUUCCAAGGACUCACGCAAGUACCUUGCAGAUAAGAAUCCAAGAGAUCGUGUACUUGUUCUAGAAGAAGAAAAGAGGCCCUUGGUUUGAUGUGAUUCCCUCAUGCUCCGUUUUUUUUGUUUAAUAACAAAAAACUGCCUUUGGGUUCA